AUGACCUACGUUCAACUGGCUCUGAAUGAAACUCCGGCUGAACCAGCAGAUCAACUGACAGUCGAUGAGAGUGCAUCGAUUCGUCUCUACACAAUCGAAUGGGAAGGAUCUCAUCGAAGUCUCUAUUCCAAACUCAAUCGUACUCUCAAGACCGCCGAUUGCAAGGAACUUCGCCCGUAUUUCAAGUAUCUCAAACUAUUUUUAACAGCUCUAGUCAAACUACCAUGUAUUCCAUCAAUGACUGUCUGGCGAGGAGUUACCAAAGAUUUUAGCGCUAAUUUUCUACCUGGAAAAUUUGUGUCAUGGUGGGCAUUUUCAUCUUGCACAACUGCAAUGAGUGUACUCGAGAACAACAUGUAUUUAGGCACAACAGGUUCACGAACGCUCUUCUCCGUCGAAACCAUCAAUGGUAGAGCAAUACGAGCUCAUUCACAUUUUGCAACUGAAGAUGAAAUUAUUCUUCUUCCUGGCACAUAUAUGCAAGUUCAAUCACAAAUGAGUCCAGCGAAAGAUCUUCACAUCAUUCAUUUAAGGCAGGUCAUACCCAAGGAAACACUUCUGGAACUUCCUUUCGAAGGUGCAUAUCUUUAUCCUAAAAUUCUGUAA